AUGUUUUGUUUUAGACACAAGAAGACACGGAAAGAAAAAGUCAACAGUGUUGUGAAUUUUCCGUUCAAACACAAUCACAAACACGCGCUGCAUCUGUGUGAUACAAAAUUUCAGAUCUGCUUAUCGAUCAGAUACUUGGUAGUUUGGAAACGCCAUGAUUUGGCGACACUGGAUUCAUCUUCUGGUGCAACUGUAACAACUAACAAUGUGGAGCUAGUACAAUACAGUGUGAUGACCCGAUUUAUUGAGGAUCUGAAUAUAGAUGUUGUGGGGAAACAGAGUGUCAGAUCUAAAAAGUUGUGGAAAAAGGUCAAGUCUUUAGAGGUUUUGCAGCCAUAUGCAAACCCUAGAAGUAAAUAUCCUGUUCCAGUUGAACAAAGUAAUGGCUUCAUAUAUGCCAAAAUUUUUGGUGAAUUUGAGAAAAUCAGAUCUUCGAUUUGUGAUCUUGUUGCCAUAUCCAGGCUUCUCAAUGCUACUCUGGUCAUCCCAGAGAUUCAAGAAAGUACAAGUUCAAAAGGCAUCAGUUCUGAGUUUAAAAGCUUUUCAUACCUCUAUAACGAAGAACAAUUCAUAACCUCUCUUAAUAACGAUCCCAAAACAUCAGCUUCUCCUGAUUAUUACAUUAAAGAAGUGUUGCCAGAGUUAAAAAAGUCAAAGGUUAUAGGAUUAGUGGUUAUGGAUGGAGGUUGUCUACAGCCUAUUCUCUCAUCUAAAUUUGUUGAAUAUCAAAGGCUCAGAUGUCGGGUAGCAUUCCACGCACUUCAUUUCCGCCCUGAAAUUCUAGCACUUGCACAUCUCAUCGUGCAAAGGUUACGCGCUUCAGGGCAACCUUAUCUUGCAUAUCAUCCUGGUUUAGUAAGAGAUAGCUUGGCUUAUCAGGGGUGUGCUGAGCUUUUCCAGGAUAUCCAUACCGAACUUAUUCAGUAUAGAAGGGCACAAAUGGUCAAACAGAAAAUGAUCCGUGAUGAUGUCAGCGUUGACUCAUUUAUUCGAAAACUAAAUGGCUCGUGUCCUCUCAUGCCUGAAGAGGUGGGGCUUCUUCUACGAGCCAUGGGAUACCCACCAACAACAAGAAUAUACUUGGCAGGCUCUGAAACAUUCGGUGGUCAACGGGUCAUGAUUCCUCUCCGAGCCAUGUACACAAACUUAGUUGACCGUUCUAAUUUAUGUCAUAAACACGAACUAAACACUUUAUUAGGAAAGGAAACCCCAAUUCCUUCCAACUCUCUCAAUUCCAUUCCGAAAAAAACCAUCAAGGAUUCAACACAGGAAUGGAAUAAGGCGGGCCCUCGUCCCCGACCCCUUCCACCACCCCCAGACCGCCCUAUCUAUCAACAUGAGAAAGAAGGAUGGUAUGGUUGGAUUGCAGAAAAAGAUUCCGAGCCAGACCCUUCACCAAUUGAUUUAAGAGAUAAAGCUCAUAGAUUGCUUUGGGAUGCCCUUGAUUAUAUUGUAUCAGUUGAAUCCGAUGCUUUUUUUCCCGGGUUUCAUAACGAUGGCAGUGGGUCCCCUGAUUUUUCAAGUUUGGUCAUGGGUCAUCGGCUUUAUGAGAUGGCGUCUUCAAGAACUUAUCGACCCGACAGGAUGUUUCUUGCAAAGCUGUUGAACACUACACAAGACCAUCUUUAUUUUCCGAAGAGAAGCUGGACAUUAGCAGCACGAAAACAUCUAAAUGACAGCCUGGCGGAGGAAGGACUAGAACGACAGCUCCUUCACUCAAAGCCAAUGUCAUUCCUCUCUCACCCGCUUCCGGAAUGUUCUUGUACUAUUUCCAAAAAACCUGGGAAAAAUACGUGUCCUAAGUGGAUUGAAGACAGCUAUACUAAAUCCAGAUUACAGGAAAGUGAGAAUGAACAGCCUGAUGAUGAUGAAGUAGAUGAAGAGGAAAUGAAUUCUGAAAAUGAAAGCAAGGUGAAUGAUUCGCCUUCUUUGGAAGAUGAUGUUGAAAUGGACCCUGAUGAUUAGGUGUUUAAAAAAGAUUUUUAGAUUCUUUUAUUGCGGUUGCACAGAGUGUGAUACAGGUAGAGGGGAAAACGGUGAGGAAACAGAAAUAUAGUUUUACAAUUUUUUUUUUGGGAUAUAGUUUAUACCAAUGCCAUACCUCUGUUGUUUUUUAUGUAUUUCAUCUGCAUAAUGUUUUAGGUUUUGAGUUUAUGAGCAGUUUUUUGGAUCAUGAAACAAUCUAAACUUUAGAUCAUAUGUACUUGAUUCGAGUUGUUUCACUUUUUGUACAACUUUACUUACCAUACUCUAUAAAAAGACAAAAUAAGUACAAA